CUCGAGUCUACAUAUAAUUGAAAUUUAUUCGACCGUGCUUACAGUAGCUAUUGCGACGCGUGGGUACGAUUUGUCGUGGCACGAAUCGCAGUCUCUACCAACAGAAACCAAGAAAAAAACCAACGUGGCUAUCCAGACGCACAACUUAUGUUUUUUAUGCUUGCUCUGUGACAGAAAAAACUUUGUGUUGUCCAUGUUUGUGUAUGGGAAUCAAGAAAAUGUAUUCUACGUUGCCGCUUGCUGGCCCAUCAAAAGAAGAACAUGUAACUGUCUCCUGAGAAUUCGUCGAUUGAAGGGAUCUCAGGCCGUUCCUCGAAAAGGGAUAAAUAUGUAGUUCGCCGUCCCCUAUGUUGACCUUUUUUCCCCAGCAGCAUCAAAGUCUUCAAACAAAUUCAAACUAGCAACAACAGCCCUUACCUAACUAUCAUUACUUCUCGACUCAGUUUUUACCAGCAAUAUUCUAGCACCAAAAGCCAAAACGCCGGCUGCACAUGCAUACAAACUCUCACAGAGGAGCGAGGAAGAGGAACUCUACCAUGCCUUCUCUAGGAAAAGCUUCAGGGGUCACUUUCAGCCUUUCACCGCCUGCGCGGGUACGAGUGGGCGCAGGAUUCCGCAUAAGGAUUCGGGCGCCCUCCAAUGACGACAAUGGUUCGAUGGCAAUUGUGAGGCUCGUGCGCGUGUCUUCCUGCCGAGACAAUUCGUCAGCGGGCUUACUCGCCUCCUCGGACUUGUUCCAAGGAAACGUGGUUGGAAACUGGCAGGCUGAAACAAACCAGCCCGCGAGCAAUGGCCAGCAGUACGAUAUUAUGGAGUUCAAGUCCCUCGCGGUAAACCAACCCGGAUCCUACUAUCUCAGAAUCCAACUCUACGGCGCACCAGCCGCCGGUGGGGAAAGAUCUGGUUUCCAUGUGGAGCACAUCAGAAAUCUGGAUAGCGAGAGGUUCUAUGUGGGGACGUGAUGGGCGUGGUCACACUCUCUUGGGUGCUGUCGACCAUGCAAGAAUUUUGUGUUAAUACGAUAUGAACAUAGUUUAAAAAAUUUUGGGUUUGGCCUAAUAUAGAGGCUGUGGAUCAGGUCGGAAGAUCGAUGUGGAACACUUUGUAAUAUGCUCGGGUCUUCUUUGGUGGCUUUUUUUUCUUAAUUAUUCGGGUUCCUGCAUUAGAAGGUGGUAUAAUCUUGCAUCUUAUCCUCGUGGGACGUUCUGCUUAAUACGCCAAAUAUUGUUCUCUUUUAAUACUGGGAAGGGGAAAUGUAACAUAUACAUUAGUCAUGACGAUCCGAAAGAUUUACGAAAUAUGAAUAAAAAUAUAGAUUCAUUAUAUCUUGUGGCAAAA